AUGGCCCGCAAGUCAGAAGAAUUAGCGCGCCGAGCAAAGGAGAAUAGGGCCCAAUAUCGGUUGACCGCUGAGGAGAUCGUCACAACAAGGCCCGACCCAAUGCCACAACCGCUCAAGGAACAGCUCCGCGAUCUCCAAGCCUCACGCACCUCCAUCCACACCGAAACUACUAGCAAGGAAGCCGGCUACGUGACGGAUGUCUCCUCGGCGUGGCUGUUCUCGGGUCAAAGCUUCUCGCCCCGAUCUGUCGUCUCCGUUAAUGGUGCGACGAAAGAGGAAGAACUGGUCAGACUCCGCGCUUCCACCGACCACCUCCGCCAGGUGGCCGACAUGAGCGGUGCCCGCAAGGAGUACAAUGAAGCCUACGCCCGUCGCAUCGAACGGUUCAACUCCCUCCCACAACUCACUCAACCAUCGGCCGUGAUCCAUGUCAAGGAUGACAAGCCUCGCAGCAUCAUGAAGCGCCGUGAACUCGAGAACCGGGAGCAAAUGUUGUACCCGGCAUCGAACUAUCACCGCGAGGUGGUGAAGGAGGUCAUCCGUCGUCCAGUCAAGACCGAGACCGUGCAGCGCUUCGAGCAGACCCGUCGCACUGAGGAAGUCGAGCGUCGUGUGCAGAGGAAAGAGCGGAAAGACCGUCGCUCCCGUCACCACUCCAGCUCCCGACGUGAGGAGUGGAGAGAGGGUGGCCAACAUGGAGUGGAUAUUGGCGUGGCGAAGGAGCCGACGAUAAUCUAUGAACGACGAGCAUUAACGAAAGAAGAGUUGCAGCGCUAUAUGAAGGACGCGUACUCGAUGAUCAACGAAGCCAAUCAAGCGUCUAGACAAUGGCGCAGCUCAUCUCUGUCUCGUCAUGGCGGUGGUGGUCAUGCUGGUUAUUUGCCUUCAAACGAGAGCUAUUUCCGUCAGACGACCACCAGACGUGAUAACUCUAACCAGCGCGGCGGACACGAGGACGAUCGUUUUUUUGGUAAUGGAAUCGCUCACGCCCGCUACGGGUCGUUGAGCGAUUCGCUGCGUCGUGGUGAGCUGAAGUACGUGCCAAACGGUGAGGUGCGCGAGUCGCACUACCGUGACGGCGGUCGCAGCGGCCACUCGGUGCACAAGAGCUACUCUACGCGCGACGUCUUCGACGAGCGCGGCGCUGCUCAAUCGGCCUUCGAUCGUCACUCGAUGGCCAGCCAUGGUCGUCGCGGCAGUCAGGGAACCCAGCAACCAUUCGUCGAGUUCCCACCGACGCUCCCAAGGCGAGGACGUGAUGACGACUUCCGUCCGAUGCACAAGGCUCGCUCUUUCGCGGAUUGGGACGAUCAGGGCCGGGCUGGAUGGCGUCACGGAGGGCGUCACGAGGAUUGGGCCGUAUCGAGGCGACGUGAUGAUGACAUCUCGCGUCUGGAGGACGAAUUCCGCGACUCGCUGCUGAUGCCGAUGCCAACUGGCAACAUGCACGAGAGAGAUCAUCGCACUGAGCAGAUUCCUGGUGGCUAUGAGACCUAUCACAAAGACAACCGCUCGAAUGCUGGCCGUCGUGUCAACAGCCAUGGUGUGCCCGUCGAUUUCAACGAGGCCACCCAGGAAUACAGCUACAAAAGGGAACAAGAGACCGACCGCAGACGC